UUUCAUAAUCUUCCAUUAUGUCUCCCUAGAGAAAACCAACCGACUCCGCCGCUAGUGGCGCAAAGAAGUCCAAAAGGCCCAGCAACCAACCCUGAAGUAGACAUGGAAACUGAGCGUGCACUAAAUAAGCGAUGGGCCCCUGUCUCUGUAUCCCGCAACGCAGACUCGGAGUUCAGAUUGCGAACCCGCGACCCAGUCAAGGCUUUUACUUAUAUUUGUCUGGGAUGCGCGCCUUGGAAUACGGAACAAAAAGAGGAUGAGUCUGAGGAUGAGGAGUCUAUAGAGCAGAAGAAGAAAGAUGAUGCGGAGGCGGACGAUGCCACUACCCUCAAGCCUGCUUCUGAGCAUCCACGAGAGAAAUGGAUCUUCACGAACGCCGGCGUGGCCAAGUGGAUCGCGCUGAAGCAUGGUACUACCGUACGCGACCCGGAUAACUUUGAGAUGCAUGUCUACAAUGACUUCUUUGGAUAUGCCGUUAUGGAGCUGGUGGAGAACCUGCUCAUGGAUUUUGAUGAGGCUGCUGGUGACUGGAAGAUGCAGUGGGCCAUCUGUGAAGCGACGGGGCUGUAUUUCCAAAUGGAUGCUAUCAUGUCGAUGGCUGGGUUUUUCUCACUGGCUCCCAGCAGAAUAUUGAGUACGGAGACCGUGAAUGCGACGUUUAUCGCCUUCGUCGCGAUGUUUCUUACUAUGCUUGCUACUCUGGAGCGAAACGAUCUCUUCAAGUCGGACUCUGAAGUUAAGAACAUCGGGGCCAUUAUCGGUCUGUUCAUCCGCUUCAUUGUUGAUGUCAAAGGGUACGGUAUCGACUGGGAUGGCCAGGAUGCGAAUCUCAAAGCUUAUGCCUCUAAGCACGAUGUCACAGUUCAUGGUUUGAACCACCCGCACUACGAGCAGUCGUCUGGUGAGGCAGUUGAGCUUCCCGAGGCUACGGCUAAUUCCAAUGAUCCCUGGGGCUGGAAAAAGGCAUUUGCAAAGCUGAAGAAAAACAACGAUGGGCGUAUGGGCGGUGAUUCGAAGGACAUCACGACCUGGGCUCCUGCGGAAUGCAGGAAGGCGGCUUUCGACAAGAAGGAUCCCAUUUCCCGGAGCGCCAUGACUCAUAUCAAGAAUGGUCGGAUCAUGGAGAUGGGUGGCUAA